AUGUCAAUGACGGGCUUCAAGGUGGAUUGGCAAACUGAGUUGGGUCUCGGGCGACGCGGACUCGAACUAGAAAUGCAAGGGGAACUCGAAUUGGAAAUGCAAAUGGGACUGGAACUGGAGCUGGAACUCGUGUCUCCAGGGCUGGUGGAUUUGGCCGGCGGUGUCGUCUCGUUGUCUAUCCCCGGGUCCGGCGAGCAGGGGCAGCCCGGCCGAUUUCAGUUUCCCUAUUGGCUGAUCCCACAGCCGCGCUGGCCAAUCAUACUGGAGCAAGUCCCGCAUUCUGGAGGCAGACUAGACCAGCCAUUGGUUCGAGGGUCUUAUUCUCCGGGGCCAGCCCGGGGACGAGGAUGCGGUGGCCGAACGAUGGAGAGACAAGGAGAGAGAAGGUUUGCGGGCACUCUUGGCUGCAGGGGUCGCCGUCUCUCAGAUACAGGCAACCGGACUCGCUAG